GAUCCUCAUCAACCCGCCUGUUAACCUCGCACAAGACAAGAUCAUCACCCAACCCCAAGUUUCCGUCCACCCCUCCAUCCCGCAGCGACAACACCAUGGGCAAGAUGCGGUCACUCUUCUCACGGAGCCGGAGCGGCAACGGUGGGAGCCGGCGGUCCACCUCCUCCUCCAGGUCGUCAGCGCCGCCGUCGCCCGCGCGCGGGGCCUCGAGGGAGGACGAGAUGGAGCGCGUGUUCCGCAAGUUCGACGCCAACGGCGACGGCAGGAUCUCGCGGGCGGAGCUGGCGGCGCUCUUCGAGAGCGUGGGCCACGCGGUCACCGACGACGAGGUGGCGCGCAUGAUGGAGGAGGCCGACGCAGACGGCGACGGCUACAUCAGCCUCGCCGAGUUCGCCGCCAUCAACGCCGCGCCCGACGCAGCCGUCGAGGAGGACCUCCGCCACGCCUUCCGCGUCUUCGACGCCGACGGCAACGGCGUCAUCUCCCCCGCCGAGCUCGCGCGCGUGCUGCGGGGGCUCGGCGAGGCCGCCACCGUCGCGCAGUGCCGCCGCAUGAUCGAGGGCGUCGACCGCAACGGCGACGGCCUCGUCUCCUUCGACGAGUUCAAGCUCAUGAUGGCCAACGGCGCCGGGUUCGCCAUCGCCCAGGGCAACGUCCGCGCCUGAAGACCGUCCGUCUGUUCCUACAUUCUUUUGCGAGACCGUGUAAAUACGCCCGACCACCCACCGCCAAAUACUUACUUACUACUACUAGCUUUAUACAUAGUCGCAGAUCACACCAACAUUAUCGGUGUGCGAUUAAUUUUGAUGUAUAUAUGUUAUCGGAAUUGCUGUAUCGACGCUGAAGAAUAAUCCUCUAAUGUCGAAUUUUAUGUGCACUUAUCUA